AUGGCUCUUGUUGCGCUUCCACCGGAGCUCAAACUCAACGUAGCCGACUUCUUGGAUCCUGACUCGACCCUCAACUUCGCCCUUACGUGCAGAGACCAUGGAACGCUUUUGAAAUCCACGCUGAGAGAGCAUGGACGAUUACUUUCGGAAUGGAACGUUAUUGACACCUCAGAUGGUCGCACGCUUCUGUGGAGGAGACUAAAGGAAUUGAUUAUCGAUCCACGUCAAGGGUGGUACAUCAGGGAGCUUAAUCUUCCACAGACCCGACAGUACAACUGGAAUACGGAUGAGAGUUUGUUUGGAACCCACCCAAGCAACGGCGUUGGGCCUUCUGGUGAAGAAAAGAUCUUGUUCAUUGAAGCAGCGAGGAAGUUGCGACACCUGUAUCCUGAUAUGGACGCAAAGAGCUUGCGACGUCGAUACAGCUCUCAAACUCAGACUCUGCCCCGACCUCAUGAUACGAUUGGCUCUAUCGAAGAUCGAAUCCGUGCAGGUUUCGAGGACGCCAUCAUCGCACUCUUGUUACACUAUCUCCCUUUUCUUACGACCAUCAGACACACUUUGGUUAGGGAAGAAGAGUGCCUGGAACUUGCCUUAUGGCAGAUCGCCAGCGGAUACAAAAAUCCGGCUGUGGCGUCAAUGCUCCCCCUGCAGCACCUUAAGACAGUCGCCAUGGUCUAUGGUGACACGGAAGGUUGUAUCUCGCCUGAUUGGGCAUGUUAUUAUCUCAGUGUACCUUCGUUGAAGACAUUUGCGGCGCAGGCAAUGGGUGAAUCGCCUAGUCGAGAAGUGCAGCAUAGUUUGUUCCCGGAAGGUUCUGCUCCAUGCUCAAACGUGGUAGAGCUGUUCUUUUCAAGUUCCUUGUUCAACGUAGAUGGCUUGGCUACUAUCCUCGCAACUGUCAAGCAUCUGAAAAAGCUCACGUAUGAUGGUGGCGACGCUUCGGUAUCGGAAGGAAGCUUUUACCAACCCAAGAGAGUUCUUGAAGCUGUUGUCACACAUGCUGCUCACUCGUUGGAGGAACUCAGCCUCACACAGGGCUAUGAUGACGACGACUUUCACCUUGACCUUCCUGGUCCGAAAAUCGUCUCACUUCGAGAUUUUCAGAAGCUCCGCAUGCUCAACUGCGAAUGGUCAAUAGUACGACCUAAGAUAGAAGAAGAAGAAGAAGAUCCACAACAUGAUGAGCCGCUGGAAGAAGGAUAUUAUCGCGAAGAACAUAAUGAAUGGAUCGAUGGCGACUUCGACAUCAGAACAUUCCUACCUGAGUCCAUAGAAGAACUUCACCUAGGUGGUGACUUCAAAGUUUUUGAGGAAUGGGAGCGCUUGGAAAAUGCCUUUGAUGCUUCAAGCGCAUCGACCCCGAAUUUGACUUUGGAGAAGACAUGCAUUCAAAGAGGGGAUUGGAGCGAUCGUAUUGGGAACGCAGAGCAUAGGGGCGGCUUGUGGUCACACCCACUCACCCGGCUUUUUGAAGGUCAUGGGUAUUGA